AUGGUGGGGGAAGGUAGUAAAGAAUGGCCGGCAAUAGGAAUCGAUCUCGGGACGACAUACUCUUGUGUUGGAGUAUGGCAGCACAACCGUGUUGAAAUAAUAAUCAAUGAUCAAGGAAACAGAACAACACCGUCUUGUGUUGCUUUCAAUCAAGCUCAACGUCUUAUUGGCGAGGCUGCUAAAAAUCAGGCUACUUCUAAUCCUGUUAAUAGUGUUUUUGAUGCAAAGAGGCUUAUUGGCAGAAGAUUCACCGAUGAAGUAGUACAGAAUGACAUGAAACUCUGGCCUUUUAAGGUUAUUUCCGCGUCUGAAGAAAAUAAACCUGCUAUCGUAGUCACCUAUAAAGGCGAAGAAAAACAGUUUGCUGCAGAGGAGAUCUCUUCAAUGGUCUUGAUGAAGAUGAAACAGACUGCAGAGACCUACCUUGGCUCAGAAGUGAAAAAUGCUGUUAUCACUGUCCCUGCUUAUUUCAAUGAUUCCCAACGUCAGGCAACAAAAGAUGCGGGUACCAUUGCUGGACUCAAUGUCAUGCGCAUUAUCAAUGAACCAACAGCUGCUGCCAUUGCCUAUGGUCUUGACAAGAUGGCCACUAAUAUGAAACAGACAUCUAAGAAUGUGUUAGUUUUUGAUCUUGGUGGUGGGACAUUUGAUGUAUCUUUGGUUAGAAUUGGUAAACAGGCUUGUGAAGUGAAAGCAGUUAACGGAGACACCCAUUUAGGUGGUGAGGAUUUUGACAGUAGAAUGGUUGAUUACUUUGUGGCCGAGUUUAAGAGGAAACAUAACAAGGACAUUAGUGGAGAUCGCAGGGCUAUUGGGAGGUUGAGAUCUGCUUGUGAGAGGGCAAAAAGGAUGCUAUCAUCAGCUACCGAGACUAGUGUUGAUGUAGAUUGUCUCUACGAGGGUAUUGAUUUAUAUUCGACCAUCUCCCGAGCCAAGUUUGAAAGGUUGAACCUGGAUUUGUUUACCAAUUGUAUAAAUCCUGUUAAGAAAUGUUUGGAAGACGCCAAGAUGAAAAAGACUAAAGUUGAUGAUGUUGUUCUUGUUGGUGGGUCAACUAGGAUUCCGAAGGUUCAAGAAUUGUUGAAAGAUUUCUUCCAUGGGAAGGAGUUUUGCCAAAGCAUUAACCCAGAUGAGGCUGUUGCAUAUGGUGCUGCGGUUCAAGCUGCAAUGUUGAGCGGUGUACGUAACAAUAGGGACUUUACUCUAGUAGAUGUAACUCCUCUGUCCCUUGGACUCAGGUAUUAUAGUGGUAAAAUGGCCAUUUUCAUUCCAAGAAAUACUACCUUUCCAGUGAAAAAGUCAGGUAUUGUUUACAAUGCAGAUAACGAUACAACCGUUCAUUUUCGUGUAUUCGAAGGUGAGAGACCCAUCGCCUUCGACAACAACUUCUUAGGUAUGUUUGAACUGCACAAUAUCCCUCCAGGGCGGAAAGGUAAAGAAAAAUUUGAAGUCUGCUUUGAAAUCAACAAUGAUGGUAUCCUUACUGUGUCAGCGCAUCACAUAGGCACUAACAACAAAAAACAAUUAAGUAUUGCAAAUCACAGUUGUAGGUUAUCCAAAGAAGAGAUUGAUCGAAUGGUGGAGGAGGCCAACAAGUACAAGGUAGAGGACGAGGAACACAAAAAAGCUGUUGCAGCCAAGCUUGCAUUGCAGAAUUAUGCUGAAAGUAAGUGGGACAUGGUGGAAGUUUGCUGGAAUAAGUUUCGAGAGGAGAAUGCUAAGAAGAUGAAGGAUGCAAUUGACAAGACGAUCCAGUGGCUCGACUGGAAUCUCAAUCUCACUCGAGUCUCUGAAUACGAGGAAAAGUUGAAUGAGCUCAAGACCAUUCUCGACCCUUUGAUUGGAGACAUGCCUUGAUAAAGGUGCUGCUACCACCAGCUAGCUAGAGAUGCUAUUAUUGACCCCCACUCUAUUGAUAUAUAAUGCUUAAAAUGGUAUGUGCUCUAAAUUAUUAGCUCUGAUUUGUUAGAUUGUGAUGUCAAUUAC